AAACAGGAAUUUCUCCCCAAAAAUAGUAUAUUGUACAACGCCUGGAACUGGGGUGUAAAGAUACUUCAUGUUGAAGAAGCAAAACUUUACAUAGAACAGAAGAAAAGGGGACUGCAGGAUGUCAAAAAAUCUGAAUCAUCCGUCAAGCCACUGAGUAAACGCCCUGUGCGACGGAAAGCAAAACCACAAAAAUUGAAAAACCCUUUCUUGAAAGUUGAAGAUACCAGUGGUGUGAAUCAGAAUUGCACGAAGCAAGAUGGUGGCAAUCCUGUAUGUCCUACAGUGAGGGGGGCAAAAAAGCGUGGUUACUGUGAAUGCUGCCUCAAAAAGUAUGAUGAUCUUGAAUCUCACCUUCUAAGCCAGCAGCACAAAAGUUUUUCACAGAGUACACACUAUCAAGUUGUUGAUGAUCUUAUCUGUACCUUUGAUUUUGACUUUGUCGAUUGGUCGAAAUACAGAAAUCAAAUGAAAAGUGUGGAAACGUUUAUGGUGCCUAUGGACAAAGGAAAAGACAAGCCAGAGGGAAACCAACCAAUAAAGUUAAUUUCACAAAAAAACUAUGCUUAUGAAAAUGAACAUACCUCCUUCCUAAAGACUAAUUUAUUCAAGGAUGAAGCACAUUUAAAUUGUAUUAAAACAGACUAUUGUACUAAACAAACUCUAUCCCCACUCUGUACUCCUCCUGAUUCAUGUAGCAUGCAUUUUAGAAUGAACUUUAUUAAACCUGUGGCAAAUGCAGCUACUGUAUCCCCAAAGGAUUGUUUAGGAGAUUGUUUUAAUUACACAGAUGAGAAAAAUACAGUUUUCAUGCAAAAUACAAAAGAAAAGAACAUCUCUGAGAUCCCACAAGAAUUAAAUCUUAUAGAACCCUCUCCUAUGCCGCCUAUUCAGGAGUGUGAUCCUAAAUUAAGACAUUUGUCAAAAGAAGAACUUAAAAUAUCAAGCUCACCCUCUUUUCCUGCUAUUGAUCUUCAAAUGUUUAAUUCAGAUCUCCCUGCAUAUAACUCCCCUUUUGUGACACUGGAUUAUUUACAAACCAAAGAAAGGACAGAAGAGAAAAGGACUUCAGAAAAAUUACAUUCUUCUAAACCAUGUCUUGAUUCGUCUAACCAUAGUUCUGACUGUUCUCCAUCAGGAACCUUGUACAGGAAGGUGAAAAACAAAGAAAGAAAAAAUAGAAAUCCAUGUCAAAUAGACAAAUGUGUAAAUAAAGUCUCUCUUGCUCGGGAUGACAGUAUGCUUAGCUCACCCAAAAGCCUUUCAGGAUUAUUUCAGUCGAGUGGGGAUAAAUCGGAGUUCCUUGGAUUCACAGAAAGCAACCCGUGCAGUAUGGAAGAUGUAAAUCUAGAGACUACCCAAGGAAGUAUGUUAAGGUCUUUAUUUUCAAGCACUACUUCAUCUGCCUCUACCUUUGUGGGCUUUUAAUGUUGUUGUUUUUUUUUUUUAUAGAAUUGUGAAUUUUAUUGCAAUGCAUAAAGGCUAAUUGUUGAAAGUUUCAAAGAAAUAUAAUACAUGUGUUGGAUAAAUACACUGUCUACCUUGAUUUUACUUAGUUCAUGUAUAUUCAUUUAAUUUACUGAAAAUAAUUAUGAAGACCUUAUCUCUGAGUGACAAUGGCUUGUUUAAACACUUUCCUGGGGGUGCUUUUGAAAUGGUUGUUUUUGAAUAAUGUUUAUCAAAAAGUGACACUUUUUUAAAUAUUUAUCAACAAAAUAGGCUCUUACUUAGCUCCAAGUAUUUGUCUUGCUUGUGGUAAAAUUUUUAUUCAUUGUAAUGUUCUUACCAUUUUGUUAAUAAUCAACCACUACAGGUUUCUACCAGA